CGCAGUCUCGAGGGGGGGUGGGAAGGGGAGGAAAGGGCGUCGAGGCAACUGUCCCAGGGAGCUCGGGGCCUCACCUGGACGGCGGAUCGGCGCUGCAGCCCAAGCGCUGGAGACCCCGCGACGAUGGCUUCGCAGACUUCAGCCCCCGCUGAGGCUGCACCCAUGCCUUCUUCAGAAUCAGAGGCCGCUGAAGCAGCAUCUACCUACAACCAAGUAGACACAGAGACCAAGCACACAAGGCCCGCGUACCCCCCAGAGCAGAAGUCCUGGCUGGCGCGGCAUUUCUCACUGCUGUUGCGGAGAGACCGGCAGGCCCAGAAGGCUGGGCAGCUCUUCUCGGGGCUCCUGGCCCUCAAUGUGGUAUUCCUGGGUGGGGCCUUCAUCUGCAGCAUGAUCUUCAACAAUGUGUCGGUCACCCUGGGGGACGUGUGGAUCCUGCUGGCUGCGCUGAAGGUCCUCUCGCUGAUGUGGCUCCUCUACUACAUGGUGGGCACCACACGGAAGCCCCAGGCAGUGCUCUACCGGGACCCCCAUGCGGGACCCGUUUGGGUGAGGGGCUCCCUGGUGCUCUUCGGCAGCUGUACCGUCUGCCUGAACGUAUUCCGCAUGGGCUAUGACGUGAGCCACAUUCACUGCAAGUCGGAAGUGGAACUCAUCUUCCCAGUCAUUGAGAUCGUCUUCAUGACCGUCCAGACUUGGGUGCUCUGGAGACACUGUAAGGACUGUGUUCAGGUGCAGACCAACCUCACCAGGUGUGGCCUCAUGCUGACCCUGGCCACAAACCUGCUGCUGUGGGUUUUGGCUGUGACCAAUGACUCCAUGCACCGUGAGAUCGAGGCUGAGCUCGACGCCCUCAUGGAAAAGUUCUCAGGUAACGAGACCAACACGUGCAUGUGCCUCAACGCCACCGUGUGUGAGGUCUUCCAGAAGGGCUACCUGAUGCUGUACCCCUUCAGCACCGAGUACUGCCUCAUCUGCUGCGCCGUGCUCUUCGUCAUGUGGAAGAAUGUGGGCCGCCGCCCGGCAGCCCACCCGGCUGCCCACCCCAACAGGCCGCCCUUCCGCCUGCACGGGGCCAUCUUCGGGCCGCUGCUGGGCCUCCUGGCACUGGUGGCUGGCGUGUGCGUCUUUGUGCUCUUCCAGAUAGAGGCGAGCGGCCCUGACAUCGCCCGCCAGUACUUCACCCUCUACUACGCGUUCUACGUGGCCGUGCUGCCCGCCAUGAGCCUGGCGUGCCUGGCAGGCACAGCCAUCCAUGGGCUGGAGGAGCGCGAACUGGACACCCUCAAGAACCCCACGCGCAGCCUGGACGUGGUGCUGCUGAUGGGCGCCGCUCUGGGCCAGAUGGGCAUUGCCUACUUCUCCAUCGUGGCCAUCGUGGCCACGCAGCCCCACGAGCUGCUCAACCAGCUCAUCCUGGCCUAUUCGCUGCUGCUCAUCCUGCAGCACAUCACGCAGAACCUCUUCAUCAUUGAGGGCCUGCACCGCCGCCCCCUCUGGGAGCCUGCGCUCCCCGGAGUGAUGGAGAAGCAGGAUGCUGAGCUGCCCCGCAGAGGCUCCCUGCGGGAGCUGGGCCAGGACCUGCGGAGAGCCUCCAGGGCCUACAUCCACUCCUACAGUCACCUCAACUGGAAACGAAGGAUGCUCAAGGAGAUCUCCCUCUUCCUCAUCCUCUGCAAUAUCACGCUGUGGAUGAUGCCGGCGUUUGGCAUACACCCUGAGUUUGAGAAUGGGCUGGAAAAGGAUUUCUAUGGCUACAGGACCUGGUUCACCAUUGUCAACUUCGGCCUGCCUCUGGGGGUCUUCUACCGCAUGCACUCUGUUGGGGGACUGGUGGAGGUCUACCUGGGAGCCUGAGGAAUCCAGUCACAGCAGAACCCAAAAGUGCCAAGACAGAAAAAAAAAAAAAAGGUUGGAGAAUCUGGGCAGACACAUCACCUCAGGAAGUACAGAAACCUGCCAGGGGUUCCCAAAGUGACUUUCCUCAACCUGACUGAGAGGAGAGGGUGUGCCGGGAGCUCAAAGGGCAGAGCUUGGAAAUGGAGUCUGAGCACCACCUGGCCAGAGCCUCUUCACAACAGUCCAUGUAGUCAAGGAUGUCCCCCAGGGGACAGGCAAAGGCUAUUGUCUGUGAAGGUCAGUAUGAAAUCAUGGAAGAGGCUGAGUCCUUCUGUGGAAGAGACUCAUGGACAUCCUGGAGGCUCAGAACUCCUACUGGGAGCUCAGAACCCAGCACUCCAAACUUGGCAGGCAGCCCUGCCCCUCUCCCUGCACACCCCGUCACCUAAUGAGCUCAUUAAUUAGCUGCCAGGCAGAGCCCAACAGCUCUUUCCUGCUUUCAUAAACCCUGUUUGUUCGAUCGA